AAUAUAUAUGAUAAACAAGCUGUUUGUAGCAGGUUCACCUGCAGUCCCACCGGCUUAGGUUUGGGCGUGCUGGUCACUGUGUUAUCCUCUCUAUCUAUAUUUUCUCUCUAAAACCCUUUUCAUUUUUUUUUUUUUUCUGGUUUUUCAAAAAGAAAUUUUUAAGGUUUUCAAGAAUAUCAAAGUGACUCUCAUGGCUUCUCAAUCAGCAAAUUUAUGGGUUCUUCUGGGAUUGGGUUUGGCUGGAAUUCUUCUCAUGACAAGGAAGCUGAAGAAAGCCAUCAGAGAAGAUUUUGGUGCGUUCGUUGAGAAGUUUCAGCUCCUUCCUCCUCCUCAGCCUGCCCCUCCCAAAGCUCUUCAUCCCCUCACUGGCCUCACCUUCGCCGUUUCCGACGUAUUUGAAAUUGAUGGACAUGUGACUGGGUUUGGCCAUCCAGACUGGGCAAGGACACAUGAAGCAGCUUCUGGAACAUCCCCUGUAGUUUCUUCUCUUGUUGAAGGGGGUGCCACAUGCAUUGGGAAAACUGUUGUGGAUGAAUUAUCAAAUGGGAUAAGUGGAGAAAAUAAGCAUUAUGGUACCCCAACCAAUCCUGCAGCACAUCCAAGAAUGCCAGGUGGAUCCUCUAGUGGUUCUGCUGUGGCUGUAGCCGCUAAUCUUGUUGAUUUUUCACUGGGUAUUGAUACUGUUGGUGGCGUGAGACUACCUGCUGGAUUCUGUGGUGUUAUGGGAUUCCGGCCCUCAUACGGAGUAGUUUCUAACAUGGGAAUUAUACCUGUUUCAACAAGUCUUGAUACAGUUGGAUGGUUUGCUAAGGAUCAUAAUAUUCUACGUCGUGUUGGACAUGUAUUAUUGCAACUUCCAUAUGCAGUUCAGCGAAAUCCUCGGCAAAUCAUAAUAGCUGAUGACUGCUUUCAACUAGUUAAGAUUCCUGCAGACAGGAUUGUUCAAGUAGUGAUCAAAUCCACUGAGAAGGUUUUUGGAAGACAAGUAUUGAAGCAUGAAAAUCUUGGGAACUAUUUAAGUUCUAAAGUUCCAAGCUUGAAAGAAUUUCAGAGCAAGAAAACAAAUGGCCAAUUGAAAAAGUCAUCUCUCACAUUGCUUGCGGAUAUUAUGCGGUUUCUUGAAAGACAUGAGUUCAAACAUAAUCAUGGGGAAUGGAUUAACUCUGUGAAACCUGUUUUGGUUCCUUAUCUAUCAUCACAACUACAUGAGACCCUGGAGACAACAGAUACUGAGGUUGAAAAAUGUAAAUUAAUUAGGAAUGAGAUGCGUUUAGCGAUCAGUUCUCUGUUGAAGGAUGAUGGAAUUCUGGUGAUUCCGACCACUGCUGAUCCUCCUCCGAAACUUGGUGGGAAGGAGAUCUAUUCUGAGGAUUUCCAAAGCCGUUCAUUUAGUCUGUUAAGUAUUGCUAGCAUAUCAGGUUGCUGUCAGGUCACAGUUCCAGUGGGAUCUCAUGACAACUGUCCUGUUUCGGUGUCUUUUAUAGCCAGACAUGGGGGUGAUCGGUUUUUACUAGAUACACUGCAGAACAUGUAUGCAUCUUUACAAGAGCAGGCUGAUUUCGUUGCUAAAUCCAAAUUAUCAAGAAAUGCACUCAGCCGGGAAGAAUCAGCUGAAAUUGCCAAGGAAAAAGGCAACCAAGCAUACAAAGAGAAACAGUGGCAGAAAGCUAUUGGCUUCUACACAGAAGCUAUCAAACUCAACGGUGAUAACGCAACAUAUUACAGUAAUAGGGCUGCAGCAUAUCUGGAAAUUGGAAGUUAUGUUGCUGCUGAAACAGAUUGCACCAAAGCUAUCAACCUUGAUAGAAAGAACAUAAAAGCCUAUUUAAGAAGAGGAACAGCAAGAGAGAUGAUUGGCUAUUAUAAGCAAGCAAGUGAAGACUUUAAAUAUGCACUUGUUCUUGAGCCAACCAAUAAAAGAGCCUCCCAAUCAGCUGAAAGAUUGAGGAAGCUAUUUCCAUAAAGCAAUCGAGUGUAACAAGCUUCCUUGAGGUUUGAGAAAAAGUUAUCUGGCAAAUCCUCAAGAUUCAUCAUCUGGAAAAGACCCAUUGUGACAGUUGAAGAUUGCCAUUUAUCCCAACAGUAUUGCAGAUGAGAGGAAGGAUGUACUUUCCGAGUAAAGUUCAAAGUUGUGCCUUCUUUCAUGGUAUAUUAUAGGACUGAAAAUGUUUUUUUUUUCAAUUUUUUAGAGGACUUCAUGUUCUAUUGUUGCCAGAUACUCAGGUAUAGUCCAAUUUUGUUUUUUUGUUUUUUUCCUUUUUUUUUAUUUUAAUAUUUAUGUUUAGGUUGUAAUGCUUGCUUUGAGCUGAGGUUUAAAGGUUCUUUGUUAGGGUUCGAGUAUAUGCCACUACAAUUUCUAGCGAAUUACUUCUUGUUAAAAAAUGGAUCUUUGCAUUUAUACAAGUGGCUUACUCUGCCAAAUAGAUGGUAAUCAUGCAGAGGAAUCUGGUA